CACAAAUUUCAAAAGUUUCAGACAGAGCAGACAGACAGAGAGACAGUGAGUCGGACAGCCUGAGUGACGGACGGGAAUUGAGCUUUGGACAAACCGCUGCACCGCACACUCCAAACAGAACUGUUGUCUUUUGAGAAAAAAAGAAAAAAAACUAAGAGAAAGAGGCAGAGUCACUGCGGAUCAUUUUCAGGGGGAAUAUCCUGCACCACAACUUGUUUGUUUUCUCUUUCUUUCUCUCAUUCUCCCUCCUCUCAGAUCUCGAUGCUUUGCUUUGGAAUUUCUGCUCCAUAUCCAUCAAAUUCCACUUUUGCUGUGUGUCUUUGUCAUCUGAAAAACUUUGAGGCACAAAUUCUUUCCAGAACUUUGCAACCCAACAAACCGAGACAGACGUUUGCAGAAUUACACUUGGACUAAAAGUUGAACCAAUUCCCACUUCUGGGAUGAAUUUAACUGAGGCCAGGUUGUUUAGAGAGACUCUUCUGCACCCAGCCCAGGUGUCUCUCAGGGGCCCCUGGACAUCCAGAACCCCAAGUCCAACUUCUGAUCCUGAGAUGGGUUUUGAACAGAACCUCUCUGGGGACUGCAGUUCUCCUGAUGGCCUUGGACACGGGAGCAUGAGGAGAACGGAACCAAGGAUUUCUAUCACGCCCAGUUCAGGUGGACAGAGCCCAGACCUGAACCAAGCAGGAGGUGUGUCGGUUGGCUCGGCAGAUGGGAAGGCCGUGGGGGGUGAGCAGAGGAUUCGCAGACCCAUGAAUGCUUUUAUGGUGUGGGCCAAAGAUGAGAGGAAGAGACUGGCCCUGCAAAACCCUGACCUGCACAAUGCUGUGCUCAGCAAGAUGCUCGGUCAGUCAUGGAAGGCCCUGAGUGCCCCAGACAAGCGACCAUUUGUGGAGGAAGCGGAGCGACUCCGAGUGCAGCACCUCCAGGAUCACCCAAACUACAAGUACAGACCUCGCCGAAAAAAGACCACCAAAAAACUCAAGCGGGUUGAACCGGGGAUUCUGCUUCACAGCCUAGCCCAGGGUGGUGCAGCAGGCCUUGGAUUGGGACCAGGCAUCAACCCCUUGGGUGUGGACGGUGGAGGUUCUGCAUAUGGACAUCCGGGCACUCACCCUCAACAUCACCACCACCACCCUAACCACCUGCUGCCCUCUCUGGGGCACUUCAGAGACCUCCAGGCUCUGGGACACCCAGAGUUGGAAAGCUAUGGUCUGCCCACCCCAGAGAUGUCCCCACUGGAUGUUCUGGAAGAUGGAACUGGGGAAUCAGUGUUUUUCCCCCAACAUAUACAAGAGGAAGGAGGGAUGGGAGGUUGGAGUGGGUACCACCACCAUCACCACCACCACCACCUUCACCCUCAUAACCAACACUACAGCCCUCACUACAACAACCACAAUCACCACAACUCCAUACACAGUGCAGCAACACACAGUCAGGGUCCAGGAAUGAGUGCCGGUGCCAGUUUAAGCACAAAUAUGAAUUUCACUUUGAGUCCAGGUAGAAACUCCAGAAUUGACUCGAGGAUGAACUCCGCCGAGUCAAACAUGACCUCGAGCAUGAGCUCUGUCACUUCGGCUUUGGGAAAUUCGGUCAACUCCAGGUUGAAUCCCACUCAUGCCUCCGGUCACCAUAUUGCCUUAAGAAGUGAUGUUAAGUGCCAACCAACUCUUACCACCUCCCCCUCCUCUGCUUCCUUCACCCAGGCCUCUAUCAACCUCUCUGAGUCAAUAAAAUGCCAUCAAGCGCCCCUAAGCACGGCGCAUGGUGGCUACUUCAGUCAGAUGUAUGUGAAUGGCAACCCAAAUGCUUCCCAUUUCGCCCCAUCUCCCCUCGGUCAGCUUUCCCCUCCUCCUGAAUCCUCUCCCUCUUCCUGCUCUUCUUCUGUCCCCUCAUCAACCUUUCUUACCCCUGUUCACUUAGACCCUUCAAACUCUGAGUCUGCUAGCCAUUUGGGGUCUUCCUCUGCUGAGCUUUGGUCUGGGGUAGACAGACAUGAAUUCGACCAGUAUGUGAAUAUCGGUAGGAAUCGGGAGGAGGCCUUUGGACUUGGUGUUGGGUCAAAGAUGCUGGGUGGUUGUAGCAUGAGUAGCAGUAUCGGCAGUGCCAUGAACAGGGAUGUCAGUAGCAUUCUGAGUGGUGCAAGUGGGUGUGAUGAAGGGAGCAGUCCUCUUAUAUCUGCUCUUUCUGAUGCCAGUAGUGCUGUCUAUUACAGUGCCUGUAUCACUGGAUAAAAUGGUUGAUUUAUCUCAGACAGUAUGUACCUCUGUGAAUACAAUUUGGUUCAUCUGAAUCACUGCUGUGCAUGAUAGGGAGAAAACAUACACCUUUGCUGGAGUUUUGACUUGGCCCAAUCAUUGUCAUGCAGUUCCCUCAUGGAUUUCCACUGUGAUUUGAAAAGUUCCAUUUGUUGUACAUGCGCUAACAAUUAUUGUAAAUAAAGUGUUAUUAUUAGUUUAUUCUUUUACAAAUGCUUGCUGUUGCUCGGGCAGCAUUGAGCUAAAAUGUGUUAACUGGAAAAAAAAACAUUACUGGUAUAGAUGAAGCUCACACCAUGUGCACAACAAUCACACACAAUAUCUUUUGUCGGAUUUUCUUUGGGGCCACGUUUUGAAUAUCAGCCACUGGCAAUUUUGCAUGGAGAAUCUUUCACAGCAGGUUUUUGGAUUUUCCUGAGCAACUGCAAAAUUAGCUACCACUGGUUUCUUGGCCAAUACAGAUGGCUUUAUGUUGUGAUGUGAAAAAUUGGGUCUAUGAGUGGGGGCAUUGGAUUAGAUUACAGGUGUGACAGUACAUUUGCAGGAAGAUUACACAAACCAAGUGCAUACUAUGGUCAUCAGGAAAACCUGUGAUGACUCUGAAGAAUAUCUCACGUUAUUUUGUGACACCUCAUCUCAGGAGUGGCCAAAUAUUCAUCUCCAAUGAACUGAAUGAAUUUAUCUGAAAAAUCAUGAAGCACAAUGAAGGACAAACUUGGUAGAUGGACAGAAAGAAACAAAGACUUGAUGGGAGAGACUUGAUCCAGCCUCCACAUACAGUAUAAUGGUGUUGGGAAACCCUUGGCCUCAGAAUCAGAGCAGACCACUGAUGUCUCCCACAAACUAUCAGGGUGCUUUACCAGUUUUUUUUUUCUGUCUGUGAUAAAUACUGUUCCCUCUCUAUCUCAGUCCAUUACAGGGGCCUCAUGUCAAACUCCAUGCCAAAUUCUGUAAGUUUUAAGUUGCCUCGUUUCUGGGCAAACAUGAUAUUUUGAAGUCCAUUCUUUUUGACCAGUGAAGCCUCUCUGCCCUAAUAAACAUAUCACCCGUUUCAACAAAGCUAAAACAACCCUUCAAUUUAAUUUCAGCAAAUUACAGAUAAUUAAAGACGCCGUCAUUAACGACAUCGGCUGCUCGCAGAUAUUGGCAGGAAGCCACUCGAAGUACAAAUGGUUCCACAUUAAAUGAUCCAAGUGCAGGAUAUUAUGAUUUUUUUGGAGACUUUGAUUUGAUGUAGCGAUACACAGUAGAUGCUAUCCCUCCUGGACAGUAUAUGAGGGAAAAACUGAGACUAUGAAAUGUUCUUUUGCACUGGGUUUUAUGUCUUAGCUGUAUAGAAGGAACACUACUUAUUACAAAUUAAAAAAAAAAGGUUCAUCAAUUUAAAAUGAUUUGUACAGAAAAUAUUCUGUGUUGUUGUUGUUGUUGUUGUUGUUCUUUUCUUGUCGUUGUUGUUGUGUAAUAGAUUAUUAUUUAUCUGGAAGGACUUAAUGUUGUGUUGCUAAAAGUGAAAUGAGACUGUGGUCACGUUUGUAAGACGAGUACAAAAGUGGAGUCAGGAAGCACUUAGCCUAGCUUAGCAUAAAUGAUAAUUACAGAGGGAGUUAUGUCCUGUAGUUACUGCUCCUGGUUGGCCAAUAAAUAAUUACUUUAAACUAUACCUCCACA